AAAUUGAAUCGGCAAAAGUGCGACGUGUGAUUGGUGAAAGUGAAAACGAUUUUUGAAAAUCUUUUUUUCGCGCCCUUUUGUUUUAUUCAAAUUUCACCUAGCGGUGAAAACGAAAUCAGUUUGAAAAAAAAAAAAAAAAAAAGGCUGAGCUCGUCGUCCCACUCGAGGAAAAAAGAAAACGUGAAUCACAAUGGCGUCGCCGAGAUACGUGCCCGUUGCAUUAUUGGCCGUCUUGAUCAUGUCGGCUGUUGCGCUGGCCCAGGCAACGGGUCCAUCGAAGGGAAAUCAGCGCAACAGCAAAUUGAAACCGCCGCCCAUCAUCUCGGAGGAGACGUCCAACAAGAAUCGCCGCACAUCCGAUUGCCACUUUGGCAAGAAGGUCUACGAGCUGGAGGAGAGGUGGAAUCCGGAUCUGGGCUCGCCGUUCGGCGUCAUGUACUGCAUCCGCUGCGAAUGUAUAGCGGUGCAAAAGAAACGAAGGAUCGCCGGACGGACGCUGUGCCGCAACAUUAAAAACGAAUGCCCCAAACCGAAUUGCGACGAGCCCGUUUUAUUACCUGGACGCUGUUGCAAAGUUUGCCUGGAAGACGGCGCUAUCGGUUUGGGACCGUUGAAGGAGGACGUCUCUCGCAUCGGAUCCGACGACGACGACAAGCAAGCCAAAGAUUUCGCGGCUUUAUUGACGAAGAAGACGUCGUCGCAACCGACGGCCGCCAGUGGCGCUAGUCAGACGAAGAGCGGCUACCCGCUGGCCGACAUGGCGACGGGAAGGUUCACCUUUCAGAAGAGGCACUUGUAUUUCUCGCUCGUCUUGCCCGUCUCCGUCUCCGCCGCCGCUGCCGCAACGACCGGCCCGGAAGCGGACGCUGUUGGCCGACCGCCGCGCUAUCUCCAAUUCCUCAGCGAGGACGGCAACAUUUUGGAAGAGCAGGAGCUCGCCACCAACGACUACUACAACGCCACCGGCAAGAUUUGCGGCGUGUGGCGCAAAGUGCCGCGAGUCUACAAGCAGCUCCUGCGCGAAGAGAAACUGUGGGUGGCUCUGAUGGAGGACAAGGACGGCGAGGCCAUCACGGGUCGAGUGGCCCGCUACAAAGCCCUGUCGACUGAACUCUUGAGCGCCGUCCUGACGCCUUCGGCCGGUGGCGCCAGCUGCCCCGGUUGCGGUGGCACGGCCGCCGUCUCCAUGGCCAGCGCCUCCAACAGCAUUCACGUCACCGUCGCCGUUUCCGGAUUGUCCUCCAAAGGCGCCGACGUCGAGACCUUUGUCGUCCGACUCGAGACGCUCGAAACGGGCACCAAUCCGUCUAGAGUCAUCGAGGAGCUCGUCACCGUCCAAAAACCGCAAGAAGUGAAUGUCGUUGAAGUGAGGACGGUGCUGGAAGCGCAAGAAAUGAGGCUGCUGUUGCGCGGACACAUCGUGCUGAGCGUGCACGCCAAACGGGCGCCCGACGUGCGGCUGAAGGGGCCGUUCGGGCCGCGCAUCGCUUGCGAUCUGUUCGAUUCGCUCGUGACAGCGGCCGACGCCCUGGCGGCCGACGGUGGCGCGGCCAACGGCGAACUCACGACACCGGUGGCCGUCACGUCGAGCGGGACGGCCGCCGCCGCCGGCCUGGCCUGGAUGUACGUCGGACGGACGGGCGCGCUCCAUUACCGCAUCAAAUUGCGCGGACUGCAGUCGAAGGUGACGCGAGUCACGAUCGAAUCGAACGGCUCGAGCAAGACGAACAAGAAGGCCAGGGUGGUCGAAGACGUGACGGACAUGUUGUCCAGCGUGGACAGCUGGGAAGCCGGAGGCGUCAGCUGGAUCAACGGCACGGUGACGCGCAUGGCCGCCAAGGAUUUGGAGCUGCUCUACGAAGGCGAACUCUACAUCAAUGUGGCGACGGAGCAGUGGCCGACAUCAGAGAUCCGAGGGAAACUCGUGCCCCGUUUGGCCGGCGAAUCGCAUUUGGCCACGGAGAACGGCCCGGUUCUCCUCAAUCCGGUUGGCAACGGGACGGGAACCAAUCGAGCAGCUCUUGGCUGGGUCCACGUCGACAACGAAUGCAACUUCCACUACGACGUUGCCGUCACCAGCUCGCUGCUGGGCACGAACGGCCGCAGGGAUCAGGCGCACAGUCUGACCGUCCUGGAACUGGUGGACAUUCCGCGCAUCAGCAUCGAACACCAGGCCGGCAAUUCGCCCGGAUCCGGAGGCAUUAUGCUGAUGGACGGCAGCGAGCCGACCGGCUCGGCCGGCUCGGCCAGCAAUUACGGCGAAGUGCCUUUCAUGCCCAACAUCCGCCUGCUGGAAGAGUUUUCCGGCUACCAAGUGGAGAACAGCGUUGCCGAUUUGAACAAGCUCUCGCUGGCCCGCAUGGACGCCGGCGUGGCCUACCUGAAGCUGACGGAAGCGCCCGUCACUGGAACGGGCUCGCCCGGCGCUCAAUUUCAAGGCUGGCUGACGAACGUUCACGUUCCAGGCUCUUGCCUGCCCAUCGGCAUGGGCGGCCGAUCGGUCGGGGGUAACUUGGGCGAGCAGUCGGUGCUAGGCGUCCAGGGCUACGUUUUCGACCGGGCGCAAGACGACAACAACGAAAUCCCCAUGGCAACGACCAGAUGCUUCUACGAAGGAAAACUCUACGACGACGGAAGGCAAUGGACGGCCGAACACGACCGAUGCAUGAUGUGCUCCUGCCAGCGCGGACGAGUCGUCUGCGAUCCCGUCGUCUGCCCGGCUCUCAGCUGCGCCGGCCCGUCGUCUGCCAUCAUCCACCCGCCGGGCGAUUGCUGUCCCAUGUGCGAGAAUGUGACGAAAUCCGUAACGGAAUCGUCGAGACGCGGAUGCCAUUUUGAAGGCGAUCAGAAAUUCCAUCCGGCCGGAAGUCGUUGGCAUCCUUACCUACCACCAUUCGGUUUCAGCAAAUGCGCCGUCUGCGUCUGUGACCCGUUGACUUUGAAAGUGGAAUGCACCAAGUUGACUUGCCCUCCGCUCAGCUGUCCGGAGAGCGAAGCCUAUCGGCCCGAUCCGAUGGCCUGUUGCAAACAGUGUCCAGCGGCGCCGGCCACCACCACCCCAUCGGCCGCGGCGCUCAGUCAGAUGCUGGCCAACAAGGAGCUGCUGGGCGAGGAGGCGCAAGUUCGGGGAGAAGUGGAUAUCCUCUCUUCCGGCGGGUGCCGGUUCAAAGGCGACGUCUUCGAAAACGGCGAAGAAUGGCAUCCGCGCAUUCAGCCAUGGGGCGAGAUGCGAUGCAUCAACUGCAACUGCAAGGAUGGCAAAGUCAAGUGCAAACGGAAGAAGUGCGCCAAGACGCGAUGCAACGGAGGACGCCCAGCGACAUCUAGCGGUGGCGCAGGGAACGACGAUUGUUGUCCUUCGUGUCCGGAAGAUGGCACUGCCACGCCUUUUGCCGCUUCGUCCCCAACGACAUCGGUCGUGGCCUCGUCGUCUGCCACCAAGAACAACGGCGACGCCGACGCCAAGAAAAAGAGGCAAAGGGAAGGAAGGGGCCGCGCCGGCGCUGGUCCGCACAACAACGGCCGGACGCACAGGCAAAAUCACCAGCAUCCACCACCGACGGCUUGACGAAAACCAACGGGCCGAUUGGGCGAAAAAAAUGAAGAGCGUAGCGCAUUGCUUUUACAGAUAGCCAUCGAAUCAACUUGUUUUUUUAUUAUUAGUGUUGUUUUUCUUGUUAUUUCGUUACACAAGAUGUGGUUUUGAAAGAAAAGCAAAAAAAAAAAAAAAAAAAAAAAAAAAGGAGGAAGAAUGAAGCGGUUAGCGUUAGGACUUUAACCCUUUAAAUAUUUUAAAAACAUUUUUUUUUCUGACUAGCUAAAAAAAAAAAAAAUGCUAAAAUUCCUCACAUCCCUGCAAAAAAAACAACAACAACAAAGAAAUCAUUAAGACUUUAAGAGGCCCUUUUUUUUUUUCUUUUUUGAAAUUAUCACUAACUAAUUUCUGUCCGCAC